UAGCCCUAAUUUUUAGUUUGAUUUCAGUCCCCUUUCUCUGCAACUCAUCUCUCUCUGUAUCUCUGUGGGUGUCAGAUUCAAGGUUCUCAUGUGCAAAUUACCGCCAUUGGAGCCCGACUAGUCACGUUCCCAUCAAGUUGGUCUCCAUUUCUCAACUACCCUUCUCAGUUUUGCAGGCUUUUCUCCCCCUUGCUCGCCAUUGAUUCCUUCCUUUCUCCUCUUCCGACUGCAUUGCAGUUAUUCCGUUGCUUUGCUCCCUUGUCACGCGAAGAAUCCGUGUAAAUCAUCAAAAGGGUUGUCAGCCAGCGAAGGGGUUUUGAUCUGCAGUCCGACCAGAUUUUCCCAUUGGGGUCUCUUCCUCCCCUGUUUUGCGAGAUAUAAAUUGAUUUAUAGAGAAAUUCAUUCGACUCAGUUUUGAACUCUUAGAGAAGCUUCCAUGGCUGAUAAGUUGGUGCGGAAACAGAGUAAAAUGUCCGUGUACCUUUACGUUCCCAAUAUUAUUGGUUAUAUAAGGGUUCUCAUGAACAUUGUUGCCUUUGCUCUAUGCUUCUCAAAUAAAAUAAUUUUCUCUGUCCUUUAUUUUGUCAGCUUUGUGUGCGAUGGUGUAGAUGGUUGGUGUGCUCGCAAAUUCAAUCAAGUUUCCACCUUCGGGGCCGUGCUGGACAUGUUAACAGACCGGAUUAGCACUGCUGGUCUACUAGUAAUUCUAUCCCAAGUAUACAGGCCUGGUUUGACUUUCUUAUCAUUGCUUGCUUUGGAUAUUGCUAGCCACUGGCUUCAGAUGUACAGUACCUUUUUGAUAGGCAAAACCAGUCAUAAAGAUGUCAAAGACAGCACCAAUUGGCUGUUUAAGGCAUAUUAUGGAAAUAGGACAUUUAUGGCUUACUGUUGUGUGUCAUGCGAGGUUCUUUACAUUAUUCUAUUUCUUCUGGCGGAGAAGCAAACUGAGCAUUUGAUGGAUAUUAUAUUACAUUCAAUACAACAAAAGACAUUCCUCUCACUUUUGGUCGUAAUUAGCUUGUUCGGAUGGGCAGUGAAGCAAGCUGUUAAUGUCAUACAGAUGAAGACGGCGGCAGAUGUCUGUGUGCUUCACGAUAUCAACAAAAAACAAAAGGCAGGAUGAGACAGAGCCCUUGUAAAAUUUGUUUCAGUAAAGCCCUCCUGUCUUCCUGUCUUGCUCUCAUGUCAAAUAUUUUGUAGUUUAAAAUCUUCAUAUUUACUCCUUAUAUGUGAUAUCUAUAAACAGUUACAUAUGCGUUUUGCUGUCUAGAAUUUGUGCCCGGUUGGUUGCUGAAAUUUUCUACUUUCUAUUACGAACAAUGAGUUGUCAAUAAUUCAUUCCAACAAUGAGUUGUUAAUUAAA